AUGUGUAAAACUAUAAACGAAUACAAAGAGUUGUGUGAAGACGAUAAAAUCAUUUUACUAAAGACCUCGUGUCCUGAGAUACUUUGCUUGUAUAAAGUGGUUAACUUUGAUUUCGAUGGCGAGUUCUGGAGGGUUCCCAUUGAUUCAGAGAAUGGUCUUAUAGUAUCGUUAGAUAUACUAAAACUCCAACAGAAGACUUACAUGUAUUUACUUAAACGCUAUUUGGAGUUAAAACACAACUCUAAGACUGAAUCCGAGAUCCGAUUCCUAAGACUAAUGAAUUAUGUAUAG